AUGGCUCUGCUCUGGCUUGGGACCUCAGCCGGCAAAGGACCGAAAAAGAGGAAAGGCCCCACCAUUAAGACUUCUGGUGUCCAGGUGAAUGUGAAAGCCAUUAUGCAACACCAAGAGGAGUUUGAAGUGCUGAACCAGACUAUUCCAACUGACCCGGAGGAGAGGGCCAGGUUCUGCUUGACCUUCCGUACCAAAGUGGCCCAUUUUGAUGUGGAUUGGGGAGUGGAAGAUGACUCCCAUUUGCUGCUGGGAAUUUACGAACACGGCUACGGGAACUGGGAGCUCAUCAAAAGCUCCCCUUUUAAAAAUGUGUUUUCAAAGAUCCUGCCCAUCGAGACGGACAAAAAACCUCAGGGGAAGCAGCUCCAGACACGAGCGGACUACUUGCUGAAACUACUCAAGAGAGACAUGGGAAAAACGGGCAGCGUGAAAGAGGUGGAAGAGGAACAUGGAGCGGACACGAGCCCUGUGAAAAAGAAGCCGAAAAAAGACAGCAAAGUGAACAAAGACAAGCCGCCCAUGGGC